AUGGAGCGACGACGCAUGAAGAACGCCAGGAACGCAAGAGAGUACCGAGCGGCGGCGGACCGGUUGGAUCAAUUGGAAGAGAACCACCAUUGGAAGUUGGAGGAAGACUCGGAGGACUGCGACAUGGAUUUGAUACGACAUCGACUGGACACACUGAAGCGGGCAAACCAUGCAGGAGACAUGGAGCAAAUGCUGUCGCACAUCCGCAACGACCUCAAGAGGGACCUCGGCGCGAUGUGCAACGUGCAAUUGUAUCUACAUUGCCACACCGGAACGAAAUUCUUGAUCGACGAAUACACAGAUGUUGUCAAGUACACGAUUGAACGAUUGAUGGAACACUGCGAGACGUUGGACGCUCCGAAUGUGGACCGAUAUUUGCAAGUGUUAAAGGCUGCGAGACAGUCGUUUGGGAAUACAGCACUGAUGUUGUCGGGAGGUGGGACGCUGGGCAUGUGUCAUAUCGGGGUGGUCAAGACUUUGCUAGACGAAGGACUGCUCCCAAGAAUUGUGUGCGGAUCUUCGGCGGGCAGCAUUGUCGGAUCAGUGCUUUGCACGCAGAAACCGGAGAUUGUUGCGGCAAAGCUGGACGAGCUAGUCCAAGGCGAUUUGAAUGUCUUUCAAGACGACAGUGAGAUUCAAGGAGUGAUCGGCAUGGGACUGAACAUCCUCUCCGGUGAACCCGGCUUUCGGAUCAAGAACCUCUGUCGGGUGAUGAGGAAUCUCCUCGGCGACAUCACCUUUAGAGAGGCCUACAACCGGACAGGAAUGGUGCUGAACAUUCACGUCUCUUGCGGAGACAGACACAACCUUCCUCGCCUGUUGAACCACAUGACAGCACCGAAUGUCCUCGUCUGGACAGCAGUCGCCUCGUCAUGCUCUCUCCCGCUCGUCUUCAAAUCCGGAGGCCUCAAAGAGAAGAACCCGGAAACAAGAGAGAUUGGCACCUGGGGCCAUCCAGACCACGAAUGGAUCGACGGCUCCAUCGCCGGCGACCUUCCCGCUCGAAUCCUGGAACGCCUCUUCAAUGUCAACAACUUCAUCGCUUCCCAAGUGAACCCUCAUGUCAUACAUUUCAUCCCAGCAGAGGGGGCAGUCUCGACGCCCGUUCGCAAGACCGCCAGUACCGUUUCCAGCACCCUUCUACACGGCUUCGUCGCCGUGGCUGAGCGAUUUGAUAAUUUCGCCCCCCUGCGCAUGGUUCACUCCAUCUUCAGCCAAUCCUAUACCGGCGACAUCACCAUAUUACCCAACACAAGAUUCUGUCGUCCUACAAAGAUCCUCGCGAACCCGGACGAAGACUUUAUGCGCAAAGCAGUCCGCUCCGGAGAGGAAGCCACAUGGCCGAAAAUCGACCGCAUCAGAAACAUGGUCGCCAUCGAACUCGCCCUCGACCGAGCGAUCAAACACGUUCACGGCGUCAAAUGGGCGAUUACCUACUACUGCGAUCAAGAUUUCUAA